AUAAUAUUCUUACCUCCAUGGAUUGAACUGGCCUCAUUGCCUGUCAGCCAUUAACAGCUCAUGUUCGCCGGUUCUGUGGGUUGAAGUUCGUGGAAUCGCUGAGCCGAGCCAAGCCAUCGUGAGGCACGUUGUUUGCCCGCGAGUUUGUUUCGUCGCUCACGAAUACCCGGAAAGACAUCACACGAAACACAAGAUCCUCAACAUCCACGAGAUUUCAUUCCAUCAGCAGUUGACAUACUGUGCGCCUCGCAACUACGAGAUUCAGCAAACUUCUGCUGAUUACGACACAUCUUAAUAUGUACAACGCGUACUCUCAGCAUUCUCAGGUUCAGAACAAUUACAGAUUUAAAGGGAAUGCCCAUAGAGACGGCCAUCGUCGAGAGUUUAAUAAUACAGCUGUUAGCGGAACAUAUUGGAAUAGUCAUCAACAGAGUCAAAGAGGAGAGACUGGCAUAAAAAAGCAAAAUCACAAGAAAACUCCGGGCGAAUUUCUGAAGAAGCCUAACUGGGAUAUGCAAAAUAUGCCUCCAUUAAAGAAGAAUUUUUACGAUCCUCACCACAAUGUCUUGAACAGAACACCUGAUGAGAUCAGCAAAUAUUAUGCGGGCAAAGAGAUUACUGUUAAGGGUAACAAUACACCUUUUCCCGUCCAAGCCUUCGAAGAGAGUAACUUUCCCGAUUAUGUGAUGAACGAGAUUAAGAAACAAGGUUUCGCCGAGCCGACUGCAAUUCAAGCUCAGGGCUGGCCAAUUGCUCUUAGCGGACGAGAUUUGGUUGGAAUUGCUCAAACGGGUUCCGGAAAAACUUUGGCAUAUAUUCUUCCGGCAAUAGUGCACAUUAACAAUCAACCUCGUCUUAGCCGUGGCGACGGACCAAUUGUCCUGAUUCUCGCUCCCACGCGCGAAUUGGCUCAACAAAUCCAAACGGUUGCACGUGAUUUUGGUUCGUCCUCGUGUAUCCGCAACACCUGCAUCUUUGGCGGCUCGCCGAAGGGACCUCAAGCACGCGAUCUUGAGCGCGGAGUGGAAAUCUGUAUCGCGACACCCGGUAGACUGAUCGAUUUCCUCGAGAAAGGUACCACGAAUUUGCGUAGGUGCACAUAUUUGGUUUUGGACGAGGCCGAUCGAAUGCUUGAUAUGGGUUUCGAGCCGCAGAUACGCAAAAUCAUCGAACAGAUUCGACCUGAUCGGCAGGUACUCAUGUGGUCUGCCACUUGGCCCAAAGAGGUGCAGGCUCUUGCCGAAGACUUCCUCACUGAUUACAUCCAGAUAAAUAUUGGGUCAUUAACUUUGGCAGCCAAUCAUAACAUUCGACAAAUUAUCGAGAUCUGCCAGGAACACGAAAAGGAAACAAAAUUGUCGCAAUUGUUGCGCGAAAUUGGGGCCGAGCGCAGCAAGAUGAUCAUUUUUGUGGAGACGAAGAAAAAGGUCGAUGACAUUACGAAGACGAUUAAACGCGAUGGCUGGCCAGCAAUCUCGAUUCACGGUGACAAAUCGCAGCCGGAGCGCGAUUACGUUCUAUCAGAAUUCCGUAAUGGAAAGACUAUGAUCUUAGUCGCGACAGAUGUGGCGGCGCGCGGCUUGGAUGUCGAGGAUGUCAAGUACGUUAUUAAUUUUGACUACCCCAAUAGUUCCGAGGACUACAUCCACAGGAUCGGCAGAACCGGUCGCUGCCAGAGCGCAGGCACUGCCUAUGCUUACUUUACACCGAACAACGCGAGGCAAGCGAAAGAAUUAAUCGCAGUGCUGGAGGAGGCCGGUCAAGCUAUAAACCCACAAUUGGCGGAAAUGGCGAAUUCCGUCAGGAACCAAUACGGCAAGGGACGAACACGGUGGUAUAACUUGCGAUCAACGAUAAACCAUUAUAAUAAGGAUAACAAUUCUCACGGAAGUCCUAGAAACAACAUCAGCCCAACGACGAACAACUGGCAGCAUAUGUUGCAGACGAACACACAGCAUGGGCAGCAGCAUGGUCAGCAUGGACAUCAUAAUCAAAUGAUGAAUCAAGAGAAGCCCGUAACACGUCAUCCACGCAACAAUAGCAAUAACAGCUAUCAAACCAAUCGGCAGAAUCAACAUCAGAAUUACCAACCACAGCAUUCCUAUCAGCAGCAGCAUCAGCAGCGACAAUCCAUCACUGGCUAUCCAAACAGCUAUCAAACGACUAACAACACUUGUCAACCUACGCAUCAGACUACCAGUGCGCCCAGAUACCAAGGCAGAACUGGAUAUCAGGGUAAUCGUUUCCAAAAUAGGCAGAACGGCUUCAGCAGCAAUCAGAAUCAACCAAACGUUUAUUCGAUGCCGCCGCACUUCAUGAUGCCGUCCGGUGGACCCGCGGACUCUGGUAUUCAGAAUCUCAUGAACAACAAGUUCUUCCAGACCAAUCGACCGCCGCCCAACGCUGGUGCCUGUGCCUAUCAAUCGAUGGGCUAUGGCCACCCAACGCUUCAAGCAGUGCCGCCGUAUGCUUAUACGUACCCGCCCACACCGGUACAGCAGUGACGCCUCCCGCGAUGCAAAACUAUCGCGGUACGGGCUAAGUGAAGUAAGUAUGUGUCCCGCUUAUCGGGCUUUAGAUAGACUGUCGAUAAUAUUAAAAUAAUUUGCAGAGGUUGCAAAGUUUUAUUUUGCAAUUUGUCAUUCUUGAACUAAAGUUGCACAGUUCAAUUAAUUACGAUCUUAGAACGUAUCUUGCUUGCGGAAUUUUAAUACUUUCUGAGAAAGAAAUUACCUUUUUGCUAAAAAUGAAAUUAUUAUGAUUUUUUUUACGAUUUUUCGAAACAGAUCAGAAAUGCGCUGUUUGAAUCAUAGUUUCCAUUUUUUUAUUUUUCAUUAACACCUACACUUCAACGUAUCGACAGUCUAUUGUACUAUUUUUAACGUAAUACUUGUUCUCAUUUUGUUUUUCAUUUAUUUUUUCCUGGAAUUGUGCCAACAACAUCUUUAUUUCUUAUUAGAUAUUAAUCACGACGGAAUCACACAAUAGGUUCCGAAUAGAAAAUAAAUUUCGAUGUUUGCUAUCAUUUAAAGAAAAUGAUUUAAACAUUUUAACAAUUUGAGUUUGAUUAACGAUACUGAGAUAUUAAGACGCAUGAUAGCUCGCGUCACUGCCAAAAUUUAAAGGCCAAAACACAAGAGAAAACUCGAAAGAUAUAUUUUGAUUCAAAUAUUGAUUUAAGUAUAAAAUUUUGUAAUUACUUCAAGUUGCAAAUGACUAGAGCAUUAAAAAAUUAUAUAAAUGUGCAAGUAUAAAAGCUAAUGAAAGAAUAUGUCGAAAAUUUGAGCAAAAAUGGAAAAGUGAAUUAAUGGUUUUUUAUUUCUCCUUGUCGAGACAAUUUCAUUGAAGUUAGGUACUCUAAGGUAAUAAAAAUAAUUAAAAGUAUAAAAAUAUAUAAAAAAAAUAAAUGCAAAAAAAUAAAAACUGUGACUUGACGUGAGCCACGGGUUGACCUUACGAAUAGAGUGCUUGCCUAAUUUCUUAUGAUUUCAUGCGAUUUUCAAAUGAUUGUAAUGUGAUUUCGAUUUUUUAUAAAUUUGAAAUGCUUUCGAAUGAUUUCAAGUGAUUUCAAUUACGUUAUUUCCAUUUAAUUUCUUAAAGAAUUCAUGUUGAAGUGAUUUCAACCGAUUUCUGAUUUCAAAUUGAUUUCAAGGAUUGAUUUUGUGAAUGACCCCUUGAUGUAGGCUGCUGAGCGAUGUCGGUCACUGUGCCACCGAUCACCUUAGAGUAUCCAACUUUGUUGGCCAUUUUGCCUAUUACAACCACCGAUUUAAAAAUUAUUAAUUCAUUUUUCUAUUUUUACUCAAUUUUCAAUAUACUCUUUUAAAAUUUCUUAGCUUACAAAUAUAAAGAAUGCCCGAGAUUUGUUACUCAGUGAGUAUAUAUAAAUAUAAAAAUAUAUAUUAUAUAUAUUAUUUAUUAUAUUUAAAAUAUAUUAAAUAUAAAUAAAUUAUAUUUAUAAUUUAUAUAUUUAUAUAUUUAAAUUUAGUAGUAGAAUUGCUCACUCACAAACUUUUCCAACAAAGUUCUUUAUUAUAUAUAUGUAUAUAAUUUUUUUAUUUAUAUGUAUAUAAUAUUUUAAAUAAUAUUUUAUUAUAUUAAAUUAUAUAAAAAUGAAGAAUGCGCGGCUUGUAUAAAUAUUUUUGGUCAAUUUGUCUUUAUGUAUCUUGUCUCUUUGCUUAAUUAGAAAAUUUGACGAGUUAAACGGACUCAAAUUGUUAAAUCAAGUAACAGAAGCAACAAUUAAUUCGAGGCACAUUCCAGUUUUCAAAUUCUCGAUGUAGUAUUUAGCGUUAUUAGCGGUGUUCGUAUAUUCCAGCGAGCAUAGAUAUCACUGCUAUAUAACAUACAUGUAAAUGCAACGGUUUUACAUCUAUGUUACUUGGCAGUUGUAUUUAUGAUUUGGUGGACGUUAUAAUAUCGAUCCUAGAUUAACCAUCGCACUGAUGGUGGAUUCACGAAUCCCUCUCUACCGAUAUAAUUGAAAAUACAUAAUAAUCCUCUUAUGCGAGUAUUAUUGUAGCUAUAUUAUAAAUGCUUUUUCCGAAAUGCACGAAACAUAUAGAAGGGGGUGGAUUAAGACUAUAUAUCAAAUAUACUAAUUUAUAAUUUAUUUAUAUAUAGUUAGCGUGAUUACACAUACGCAAAAUCCAAGGAAAUAAAACGCGCGAUAUGCUCUAUAGGAAGGAAAUUUGUAAGGCCUUUUGCAUAAAAAUUAAGCCGUUUUUUAUGUGCCCCGGCAUAACGAACAAAUUGUCGUGCCCUUUGUUUCGGGAACGGGAAAUUUAAAAAAAAAAAGAAAAGAGAAAAAUGCAAAGAGAAACGACACAGAGAGAGAAAGAUAAAUCAAACAGGGAUCUAUUUAUCUACAAAACGGAUCUAUGAAACAGCUUUCCUGAUGGCAACUGAACUGAUCUUGAACACACACACACUCUUUCUCUCUCUUUCUCUCUCUUUUUCUUUUUCUCUCUUUUUCACUCUCUCCCCGAUACAACUAAUCGUAGCGUUAAAAAUAAAUAUCUCGUGCUCCGAUGAUCUUAUAAACUUUAAACGAGCUUCGAGAUCUCUGGAUUCUUGAAGAUGUGAAAUCGGCGGCUUCCGGAUUUGCAUAUCUGGAACUUGUACUUACAGGACCUCCAAGUCCGCAGAACUUGAACACUUAGACGCUUCGGGUUACGUUAUGUACAUUGGACUGUUCAAGCGCACAAUCUAUUUAAGCUCCAACUGCGGAAUCUUUUCAGAACGUUAGUUUCUCAUUCUAGAAUAUCCCUACGUCUUUAGAUUCCAAUUCGCAUACUUUUAAAGAUUCUUAUCUUUUUUUCUCGGAUAUUCUUGAACUCUUUUUCUCAGACACACCCUUCACCCUUGCGCCUCUAAGUAGAUUCUAAUUUUCUAAGCGAGUAUUUAACUUCUUGAACUCCCCCUAUCGUCGCGAAUCCAGAGAUAGAGAAAGAGAUCCAGGAGAAUCCAGAGAUCCUUAGCGGGGUUUAACGCUGGAUCCUUGAAGAUAUGCCAGAUGGCUUAUUAGAGGACAACGUAAAUUAAGCACGUAGUCAUGAUGGCUGUGUAUCUUGCAAAGUUUGAUACCUUAUUUUUAUAUAUAUAUCGAAAGUGAUUUGUUGUUAAACCAACGAAUGAUUAUAUGAUACAUUGUUGUUUGAUGUUUAUGCAAUUGGCCACUGAGUGGUCUUGUCUCUGCGCACCGUGCGCGCAGGCUGGCCGCCAUCGAAACAGAUUUUCAGUUAACAAAAUGUAAUCCUUAAAAACUAAUCAGACUAUUGAAAACUAUUCAAUUGUACCUGCUAUUUUAGUUGACAAGCAACGGUCCAAAUUACUGUGCCGUCACCUAUCACUCCGGUGAAUGAUAACGAGUAUGCUACUUUUUGCUAAUGCUUCACGCUUCAACCAGUAACUUACUUCGUUUCCCGAUUACUUGAUUUCGCGAUCGGACGAAUCUUGAGCUUGCGAUUCUGUUUCUGGGGAACGUUACAUUCUAAGAGCUGAAACGGCUCAGGAUCGUUUUUAACAUGUGAAAAAUUCUUGAGCACCGAGAGAAUAAGAUCCUUGGAAACGUGAAUUUUUGAAUUUUUCGCCCUUGGACGGGGCUCAAUUUUCGAAUUCUGAAUUCAAUUGACCCGAGAAAUCCGUAUUUCGUGAGGUCAGAAGAUACUGGUUGAAAGUUGAAUCAUCUUACGCAUAAUGAAUUAAGGAUAUAACAUAUUGUUGUAUUCUGAAGCAGCCCUUUGUGGUACCGGAGGACGUUUUUUGAUCAGCAUGCCCGGUUAAUUAUUACGAUUGGCGCACGCUGUUGGGGCAUGCGAGCAUUUUAUUAGCAGCGUGUAGCAAUUUUGCGAGCCUCCAGAUUACUCUGCACAUACCACCGUAUAUCAUGUAAUUAUCGAGAAGGAAAUAGAAAGACAGUAAUUUUUAAAAAAUGAAAGAAAAAGAGAGGAAGAUAAUUCUCUGGUCUCAAUCAGGAAAGAGAGGCAGACGGUAAAAGACUUUACUCACUUCCUUGACUAGUAUUCACUUUAUUGAUUUUGUUUCCUUAUAACACACACACACACACACACACUCUCUCUCUCUCUCUCUCUCUCUCUCUUUCUCUCUAACCAACUAUACCGUUUCAUGAUUACUCCUCUCUUAAUUAUUUUCGUAUAUAAAUUUUAUUAAUAUAUAAUUCUAAUAUAAAAUAUAAGUUUAUUAUUUCUAACGAGCGCGAUAAGUUAAGGAUUUAGUUUGUUUCUUUAUUGAAAUAUCUUGAAAAGGGACCAGAGAAUCAAAUAUCGGAUAAAUAAGUGUAGAAACACCUCUCGCGCAGGAAAGUUAUUAAUUAAUGAUUGUUAAUUGUUGCCGCGUGGCGAUUAUUCACUCGCGACUCGCUUUUAUAAAAUGAUUAACAACUCGUCACGCACACACGGUGCAAAUGCUGGGAUGCGAAGGUCCCGUUUGCAGAAAAGUCCCAUUCGACUCUCGUUUAGAUAUCCGUGUACUCUAGAAGAUACGUACUCGGGUGCGAUCCGCGGAUUGAUUUCGGACAUCGUUAAUUGUCGCAGAAUCUCCGGUGUUUUUUACUAAAGAAAAAGAAGAAAAAACGAUAGUCAAUAAUGUUCAACGAAGUGGGAUAUAUAUUCGUGGUUCCUGGAUCGGAAUGCUCGUGUUCUCGGAUCCUUGCGUCUUUGAAGGUUCAUCGCUGAUGUCUUUGGAGUUUUGUUUCACGUUUUCUUCACGCUCGGUAGGACGGUUGGAUCUUCAGAACGAAAAUUAAAAACGGGAUUGUUCACAAGUCCUGGAUUUCUUGGCGCUGCAAAUCUCUCCAGCUUCAGAUCCCUCAGAGGUUUGGAACUAGAAACGUAUUUGACACUUUAAUACCCCCAAAAAAUUUAGUUCAACAAAUACUUUAGUAACUGUUGGAAUUUCAGAGCUCCGGCACUCUCGAGUCUCGAAGCGUGGAAGCUUCGAACUUCCGGCAACUGCGACAUCUUCGAAUUUCGUGACUUGGGAAAUUUGAUAUUUCACCGGUCCGGCAUCCUUGUGGAAUGAAAAUGGAGAUUUUAAUUUUUAGCGAUUAAAGAAAUUAUUUCAGAAUUUCUUGAUCUUCUGAAUUCUUAAAAUCUUACCUCGAGCUGCUAAGAACAUAGGUACUUAACGGGAAAUCGUGGGAGAUUUAAUGUUUCAAUCUUCAUUUUUCAGUCUCCUCAAAGGAAACGUGGCUCUUAUUUCUCUCUCUUUCUCUUUCUCUCUCUCUUUCGAAGAUUAGAUUUGAUUGCUCCGAUCGCUGAAUCUUCGAAUUUGAAGGAUCCUUGGAUUCUAGGAUUUUUGAUCUACGAAUAUAAAGCUCGUCGCGCCUACUUUGUCAAUCUGACUGCGUACGUCGAUGAAUAGUGAUAUAAUAAUAGGAAACAUGUGUUGCGAGCAUGAAAAAAAAUAUUGAAUACUCUCGCGCAUUGCGUAUGCUCGCUAUCACAUCGCGACAGUUUCUGGUACAGGGCGAUCGAAAGAGAUAAUAAUUCAGAAUAAUUUGUAGAAUUAACCAAUAAUCGAUAAUUAACUAAUUGUAAUCCUCUUGUCGAGAAAGACCAUCAUCAUCAACGCUAUUGAUAGCCUCUACAUUUUAUUUCGUUCUAAAAAAUAGAUUACAUUAAAAAAAAUAUCGCCAAAUAUAAGUAUACAAUAAUAUUGAACAGUUGUGUUAUUAUAUAACUGCGUUAAAUAUAAAAAAAAAAUUUUUUUUAGCUUGUCUUAAAAAAAAUAGCAAUUUUGAAUAAAAUAAACACAAUGUGGAUAGCGGGUGUACGCGUAGCUCUGUGAUAUGUAAGACGUAGCAUAUUUCUAGCUCUACCUAUCGCGCAUCAUAAUUAAAAUAAGGGAUGUAUCUCAUCAGUUUUAUAUGCGGUAUCAGUCAUCAGAUCUUAAUGAUGCUUAAUGCAGGGUCGUCGAUAUCUAUUUAGCUAAACGGGAAAGAAAAGGGAAACGACAUCCCAUCGAAUACACUUUUCUCUCACUUUCCCAGAAUAACGACGGGCGAUGGAUGAUGUAUCUGAUUAGACUGUGUAAUAAGUUUCCGAUGACAAGACAGGAUGAUAAUAUUGUCUCGUAAGAUUAAUAACACUGUCAACUUCUUUAAUAAUGUACGCAUCGUUUCUUUCCGCAAUACAAAUCGACAUCCGCAAAGUGAUAUAUACGUGAUACAGCACUCGCCUAUAUUUUUCUGGUUUUCUGAGCAAAGAAAUGGUCAAAUCGUUUUCCUCAGGUCCUGAAAAAUCCAGAAAUACUUUUACGCGAUCUUAAUUAACUAUUAUUGAGUUGUAGCGUGUCUCAUAUAUAUAUUCUAUUGUUAACUGCAGUUAUGUUCCAGAUAAAAAGUUUUCAAGUAAGAGGUUUAUUAAAUUUCACGAUUAAGAAUGUUCACUUAACUGGCUUGAAGUGAGUUGUGAGAGUUAAUUUAUACGGUUCUUUUUUUUCCAAGUGUUACAGUGAAAUACGAAAUAAGCAGUGGCUUUUAUUAACACAAAAGGAAGGGGCCAAGAAGUUCUUUAGGACAGUUUCUUAUCGUAUCCUCGCGUGAUCGAUAGUUCUGUGAAUGUUUGGUGCUUGCGACUAUAAUGUUUAUCCUACUUAUUAUCAUAGUAAACACGUUACUUUUAAUAUUUAGUAUUUUAGCGUUCGCACUACGAUUUAAAUUUAAGUUACAUUCAAGCGGUUAGAAUAUAGGUGGAAUUUUAACUUAUAGUCUUAUUACGUAUUAAUGAAAUAUACGAGUUUAUAUUUUGGCAUUGAAGCUAUACUUCACUCCGAUGUCAGCGUCGGGCAAAGUAUUCCAAAAUAAUACACGCAAUCUGAGUAAUUUUUGAUGUAAUCUCAUAUAUUUUGCUGAUACGGAAUGCAGUUUAUGUUUUCUCGUUCGUUUCCGUUCAAACUAGUUCUUUCCCGUAAUGAAUUAGAGAAUUGUAGUAAGUUAGAUUCGCUGUUUUAUUCGAAUUUUUGUUAGAAAAUCGCUCACAUCUCAUUUGAAAUUUAUUUGAUGAAUCGGUGUGCGGCAUCGACGCGUCCUCUACGAUGGAGCCGAGAAUCCUUAAAUUGAUUGUUCUGCGACGGAACAGAAUAUCGAUACGAUCGCAUAUUCCGGGGAAUACCCUCUUCUAUAUAUAUAUAUUUUUUUUUUCUCUCUUUUCGUGAUGAACGCUGUGAUAUCACGUGAAUAAACAUUUUAAUUAAUCGCAAGCAUAAAUAUCAUAAAUAUCGUAAUGUUAUAGAAACUAUUCUUUCUUUUUUUACACACAAAGACUGAAUCUCGCCAGCUUGUAUAUGAAUUUAGUAAUCCCUUACCCCUCCCCCUCCUCCCCUCUCCCAUCCUCUCAUAUCUCACCUGGACGUGUGUCGAUCAGUGACAAAAGAGUUGCGAUGUUUUCUUCUUUCGAUGAGUCUCAGGACACACGCGAAGAGAGUCGUGUGUCUACGUAGAAAAUUGCGGUCCGGUCAGCGUUAGGCUGAAUGAGAAGCUCGCGAGAUCGUCCUCGCUUAUCUUGAAAGGGAGAAAAAUGUCGCGAUCUUCUUUCUCAUCGCCGACCGCGCGUAUGCGCCAUGUUGUAUAAGCAACGAGGUCCUGUUGAUAAUUUCGUUUGAUCGUUUCGUAUAUAUGAUUCGCGCCGUCCCGGACGGUCGAGGUCGUAUUGUUAUUAUUUAGUUUCGAUUGUUCGUAUUAUAUCCGCUUUUUGUUAAAGAAACGCUCGCGAUCUUCAAGCGCUUUAUAGUCACGUAUAUUAAGGGGACUAUAGGCAGUCUCGGGUUCUUCCUUUCUUCCCUCGAACUUAUCUUACUCGCUUUAGGAAUAUGUUUUUCGCGUUGCGGAACCUUCAUUUACACCUAGAAACCGCACUACGACGCAGAGUAGUGCGUCACAUGUAAUUCCACAGACGCCUUGAAUGUUUUAUUAGGAAAAGAAAAAAAAAACAAUUUGCCUCUAUUCCCCUACAAUUGCGUUAACAUUCGUUAGCAAGACAGUAUUGAAGUCCCGGAAGUGUUCAGCGAUUAUCCCGCGUUAAAUUAAAUUCGCUGUAUUAAAUGUAUCGAUAACGAAACUCGUAGGGCGUAACGAAAUCCGUGAAUGAGAAGAGGAGCUUUCGUUUAAGGCGGGAGAACGAAUUCGUAUGGAUUUCCUCGCGCGUGGACAUAGAACGCACCCUAUGUCCGUUCGGAAGAAACAGUCUUGAGGUCCUGGAAAAAGACUGCGAUGUAACACACUUUUAAUUUAAAACGUACUUUUACAAUUCAACGAGCAAUGCUUUCUUUUUAAUCGUAAUAAUACAUAACGCCAAUUAAGUUGUUAGGGUAUUUUUUUUGUAGCUUGUAACGGCUUGCAUCAUCCCCGUUGUUGCGCGAAACCUAAUGAUAAUGGACGAAGACGAUCGAAUUGUUCAGGCCGCUUUCCCCUCCCCCAAUCCCUCAGCGUUUCGUUUUUGUAACUCGCAGUAUAUUGUUCUAGCGAUUAGCGCGCGUUAUUGAAACAUAAAGAGGCCGCUGCGAACUAGGGGAGAAAAAUAAAACGAGCCACCAUAAGAAUAAUAUCGAAUCGAACCGCCGCGAGACACACAAGCGAGGUGGAAAGAAAUAAAAAAAAAACUAAAUAAAUAAAGUAUGUGCCGAAGAUGUAACCUGUUGCUCUCAAAAGUAAAGUAUCGCGAUUAUUGAUAUUCCUCUUUACCGGCGCACACCUCGAAACAGGUGUGUCGAGAGAAACCUGACCUGCUUCAUUUUCCGUCACAUUUUGUUUUGUGGUCCUUCGACGGGUGAAUCCUUCAACAACAGUAUGGUAUAGCGCGUCAAUCAGCCCGCACUCCUGGCACACCUCGCCUUGGCCCUUUGGGGGGAGGUCGAUGAACCCAAACGCCCCCCGACUCUCUCUCUCUCUCUCUCGAAUUACAAGAUUCAAAUUCGCGAAUCGUCGCGAGCGAACGAAAGUACUACUUCUCCCCCUCUGGGAGAGCCUCGGGUGCCAAGCUGCGCAUGCCAGGAAUGCGGUAUUCGUUGUUUCGAAUUCGAAUGUUUGAUGAACGAUGAAUUCAUUACGAAAAAAAAAAAGUGUGAUCUGUUACGAUUGAUUUCUGUAGCGCAUAAUUUCUUCUUUAAUUUAAUUUAAUUUAAUAUCUCUUUUUUUCAUUGUCUCAUUUUCGAAUCCGUUGACUCGUACGCGUGUAUGCUUGUAUGUGUGGGUGCGAUUGCUCGUGUCGAGUCGAGAUCCUCGACUGCCGGAUCGAAUUGCUUGUGAAUUGCGAAUAAUAUGUAUCUACAACGUGUGUGGAAAAAAAAAGAAAGAGAUGCGUGCGCGAGAAUACGCAAGAUGUGUGUACCGAGAUGUAAAGGCAACAUCGCGCACAAUGGCGGCCGCGCGUUGGUCCCUAAAAUUUGGGAUAGAGAGAUUUCCGAUUGGACUUCCGGAGAGCGGCCGUCGCUUGGACUUGCUGCGCGUUCAAUGUGGGAAUGUUACGCCUAGCCGGUUUAUUCUUACAUCAUGGUGUGUGUGUACGACGUCGCUUUUGUUAAUGCGAUUCAAUGUGAGGCUAACGCAGCACCGUUCCGAUGUAAGGUGCCAUCCGUGUGAACGUCCUGCGAAUAACAUUGCGAAUACCGAAAGUUUGUUACGCGAGGCGUGAAUUAUCACGCUUUAGCGCGAAUACGUCGAGACGUAUAGUUUCUCAGAUUUCUGAUGUGUUCUGAUGUAAUUGAUGUCAAAGAUCCGGUAUAGUAAGAGUUGCGACGAUGUGGGUAAACAAAUAGCGGAUAGAAAGAGAGAUAACAGUGUUUCUUUCUUGCAUAAACGCAUGAGCGGGAAGAACAAUGAGACAACGAUGUAAGCUCGUCUCUCUUAUAGUUAUCUGCGUCCUUUCUUCUCUUUUAUUUUCCUAAAAUGUACGAAACUAUCCGAAAUGGAUCAUAAAAGCCGGACCAAAAUGCUGGAUUGUCGCAACUCUGAUUAUAGGGUCUCUAUUAAUAGCGGCGUCAUGUUUACAACGCGGUGACGGACCGCAACAGCGUCGAACAGUGUCUCUCUCGAGGGAGAAUUCAUGUUAAGAGUGAAAGAGCAAAAUGCCGAAAAGCAGAAUUUGUUAGAAGCAAUCAGAACGGCAGAAAAUCAAAAAGCAGCAGAUCUGCUUUUCCCACAGAUGUCUACGCCAUUCCUAGAUCGCUUGCGGCUUUAAAAUUGUCGCGAUCCGAUUGAUACUCAAUGUAUUACUGGCGUCAUUCUACUUUUGCUAGAAUAUUUUUAUGCCAGUAACGCUUUGAGUGUGAAUCAGACUGCGGCCAAUGACAUGAGAGUGCAUUCACGUGAGCAGCAGAAAAUCAGAAUCCAAUCAUUGAUAGGAGAAACUUGUGAGUUUUUCCUAUCAAUAAACGCAGCAAAAGAUCAGAAUUUGUCUAAGCAAAUUUGAAUAGCUGCCAUUAGAUCAUUUUCUUUAUGCAUACGAUUUCUUUACAUAGAUUCUUAAUGUAUGGCCCUGUUAGGCAGCUAUUUUAUCCUAAAGAAAAAGGCGACAGUAUGUAACUGACGCGCAAAUGAUUCCCAUCAGUUCAGUGAGAGGAAUCACACCUCGUUACUUAUUUACUGUCUUUUUUUUAUAAAAUGGCUGAAACCGGAUAUCCAGUCCACUGUUAGCGAUCUAGGUUCAUAGACAUCUGUGACUUUGCCGCGUUCCUAAUUUGAAUGCAUCCUAAGGUUCUACAAUAGUCGUAUGUCGCUGUUGGAUAUCGCAUGCGUGUUGUACUGUUAUUUAAAGUUUACACUUAUGUAGAAUACGUUCGCUCUUAAUGCACGCAACGCUCUUGUCAAUUCGAAAUCUCGGAUCGAUUUUUAGCAUCGUGGAGAUAAACGUGGUCGUGAGCGUUAAGUGGAACGCGUCUAUAGCAGGUAUAGAUUACAAUUCAACACCAUGCGUCCGAUACUCAACAGCGAUACACUUGUAUUGCAGAAUGAUGCUCGAGUCGGCGACACAAAAUCUUGAGCGGCAAAAUGGAGCUGUAGCAACAGCAUCAUGUUGCUAACUUUUCAUCUCAAUUAUUCAUGAAAUAUGAAGAACAAAUUUAAUUUUAUUACAAAAUUGCGCGGUGAACGAUUUUGUUAUCGACUUAUACAAGUUUUUUUUCCGCGCUCUAAAUAUAACGCUUGAUUAGAGUGGACAAGAGAGAUCUUAAGUGUUGCCAGUCAGUCACUUUGGUCACUUUUUAUCACUUUCUUGACAAGUCACUAAAAAAACUAUCCACAUUGAAGCUCUGUCAGAGAGCUUGUGACCAUUUGAUCAAGAAAAAUCGAGACUAAAAAACUAUCGUCCAAAAUGGGUCACUACAGUCACCUUUUUUUCCCGAGCCGAUAUGAAAUUCGUAAAACGCAAGUGUUCUAUUCAUAUUUUUCUUGCUUCAUCUGAUACACAUCUAAACAAUUGCUGUUCAUUUACUGUAGGUACUGGUCCAGUGUCUCAGCAUUUGAUUGCUUUGAAUCGAAUACUUAAUCGUUCUAUAAUACUUUUUUUCAUUCUCCUAUUAUCUUUUCUCUCACUCUAUUGUUUCAUAUUUUUUUUAUUUUUAUGAAGCAACGUUAACACAACUUCGCCCAAUUUUUUCCUAAUUUUUUGUGUAUAAACGUACAAAAGUUCUUGCCUCUUCUGAAAAUUCUCAGAACUUUGAUUUAGAAUUUUCACAAAAAAAAAGAAGAAAAGAAAGAAAUGCUGCCCAUACCGCAACGGGGACAUCGUAGAUGCUUACAAUUAAAUGUAUAAUAUUAAUCUAGUCAGAUUGUAUUUCACCUAUCGAUAACGAAAAAUUCAAAUGUGUCCAUCUGUCGUUUUAUGGCAGCAGAGUUAGUGGAAAGUUAUUUAUAUUGUUCUCGUGAAAAUUAGAGAAACGAAACGUGUACCUGCAAAAAUGAGCAAUUCAUGGAAAAACGUCUAAAAUUCAUUUUGACUAUCUAGUCUUUAAACUGUACACUGUAAUUAGAAGGACUCGGAUCGAGCUUCUAAUAUUGAAGGAGCUACUCUUAGAUAUAUUAGAGAACUAAAUAAAUUUUGUAAUGUCAUUCUUGCAAAACGAUUUAUCCUUGCAAAAAAAAGAACGUGGCAGAAUUUUGCCAAACACUAAAUUCACUCCUGUCUUGGAGCGAUCCUAUUACUACUUUGCUGUCGAUCAAACUCACUAUGAGGAUGAUUUCGUGCGCUUAAAGCUGAUUUAUAUGAGAAUAAUUUAUAUGAGAUAAUAUAAUAGUUAUAUAUAAACAUAGAAGAAAAAAAAGUUAUUAAUUACACCGUGUGAAUCGUAACGAUUUCAUAUAUCUGGCAUAUAGAAAUCUUUAUAUGUUUUGAUAACAUUUUGCGGUGUACAAAGAGCGUAAGAGUAAAAAUAAAGCCUGAGCGGAAGAUGAGGAGACGAAAUUUCCCAAUGGUCGAUCGUUUUUUAACUGCAGUAUCGUUCGAUUGAUUUUUUUUCCACGACCAGAGGUAAAGUGGCUUCUUUUUAAUUUUCCCACCAUGACAUAUUUGAGAACAGCAAGUAUGGUGAAUGUUGCGUGACUGUAUGCAUGUGUAAAUGAGAAGCGAGGGAUGACGAGUUGGUUGUCGUCGUACGAAUCGUUACUUAUGUCGAUCGAAAAAAAAAAAGAGAAACCGUGGAAAUAAAAUGUUCAACGGAAAUAGCGUUUGCGUUUGUUGAGAAGGAAAAAAAAGCGCACGUUUGUUAUGUACGUUACGGACACGUGAACGUUAAACGCAAGACAUUAAGUGCCACGAGGCAUUCUGUAAUUGGCGUGUCCGACUUUAUAUUCAGAUUCUCUUCUGUAGGUUUCAUUAAAGGCUGAUGGCAGAGAACGAGACGUGAGUCUGUCGUAGUCGUGGACGUAGGGUAAAGCUAGACGCACGAUGAAAAGCACAGGUAAUAAAAACAGGAAAUAAGGAAUGAUUCAAUAUGUUGAAUAAGGAGUAUACUACGUACGUUUUUCUCACUCGACGUAUUAAACUGUUUCCUUAUUCCUGUUCUUAUUGCCUGUGCUCUUCAUUGUGCAUCCAGUUUUAGACAGACAAAAUGUAUACGAAAGUGUGGCGCGUGAAAAGCUAUGUUGCCCUUAUAUGUACGUCUUUCUUUGCCUUAUCCUACGUCCAUGAUUACAGCAGAUGUAAGCGCUCACGUCUCGUUCUCUGCCAUCAACCAACGUGCAUUUCUUGUAUGUUAAUACCAGUAUUAAAGUAGAACAUAAGAAAAUAAUUGAAUGCAAUAGUAAAA